GCCCCCAGCCGCGCGAACGCGCGCCCCGCCCUGCGCGCCUUCCCUCCUGCGCUCGCCGGCCUCUUCUGCCUCUUAGAAUCUUCCUGCGGUCGUGCUCGCAUCUCGCUGCUGCAGCCUCCGGGGCUACGUUCCAUCCUUUCAGUCUGAGACCGGCCCAGAAGAAAAAAAAAAAAAAACAAAACCCAAAACCUUAAUUAUCUUUUCUCGGUACCUAUAUUGGAACCAUCGAAAAAAUUUAUUACAGUAAAGCCUAGCCAUGAGGGAAAUCGUGCACAUCCAGGCCGGACAGUGUGGCAACCAGAUCGGUGCUAAGUUCUGGGAGGUGAUAAGCGAUGAACACGGCAUCGACCCCACCGGUACCUACCACGGUGACAGCGACCUGCAGCUGGACCGAAUCUCUGUGUACUACAAUGAAGCCACAGGUGGCAAGUACGUCCCUCGAGCUAUCUUGGUGGAUCUAGAACCCGGGACUAUGGAUUCCGUUCGCUCAGGUCCUUUUGGCCAGAUCUUCAGACCAGACAACUUUGUCUUUGGUCAGUCUGGGGCAGGCAACAACUGGGCUAAGGGCCACUACACGGAGGGAGCUGAGCUGGUUGACUCUGUCUUGGAUGUGGUUCGGAAGGAGGCAGAGAGCUGUGAUUGCCUGCAAGGCUUUCAGCUGACCCACUCCCUGGGUGGAGGCACGGGCUCUGGCAUGGGUACCCUGCUCAUCAGCAAGAUCCGAGAAGAAUAUCCUGACCGCAUCAUGAAUACCUUCAGUGUGGUGCCCUCACCCAAAGUGUCUGACACCGUGGUUGAGCCCUACAACGCCACCCUGUCUGUCCAUCAGUUGGUGGAGAACACGGAUGAGACCUACUGCAUUGACAACGAGGCCCUCUACGACAUCUGCUUCCGUACCCUCAAGCUCACCACGCCAACCUACGGAGACCUGAACCAUCUAGUCUCAGCCACCAUGAGCGGUGUCACCACCUGCCUCCGUUUCCCCGGCCAGCUUAACGCCGACCUUCGAAAGCUGGCUGUCAACAUGGUGCCGUUCCCCCGUCUCCACUUCUUCAUGCCUGGCUUUGCGCCUCUCACCAGCCGCGGAAGCCAGCAGUACCGGGCCCUCACGGUGCCUGAACUCACCCAGCAGGUCUUCGACGCCAAGAACAUGAUGGCCGCCUGUGACCCGCGCCACGGCCGGUACCUCACAGUCGCGGCUGUCUUCCGUGGACGGAUGUCCAUGAAGGAGGUGGACGAGCAGAUGCUCAACGUGCAGAAUAAGAAUAGCAGCUACUUCGUGGAAUGGAUCCCCAACAACGUCAAGACAGCCGUCUGUGACAUCCCACCACGCGGCCUCAAGAUGGCAGUCACCUUCAUUGGAAACAGCACAGCCAUCCAGGAGCUCUUCAAGCGCAUCUCAGAGCAGUUUACGGCGAUGUUCCGCCGGAAGGCUUUCCUCCACUGGUACACAGGUGAGGGCAUGGACGAGAUGGAGUUCACCGAAGCCGAGAGUAACAUGAAUGACCUCGUCUCUGAGUAUCAGCAGUACCAGGAUGCCACCGCCGAAGAGGAAGAGGAUUUCGGAGAGGAGGCAGAAGAAGAGGCCUAAGGCAGAGAGCCCUGCAUCACCUCAGGCUGCUUAGCUCCCUCAGCUUUCUCCAGCUGCCCUUUGUCCUCCCGUUUCUUUCUGCUGCCUCUGUCCUGUUUUUGUUUCGUUUUGUUUUCUCAUUGGGGGUUAAACAGUGCCUGGCACAUGUCAGGCACUCAAUAAAUAUUUGUUUGUGGAAUGUCUCCUUUCUUUCUCUUUACACUCUGACAAACUUAGAUCUCUAACAUUCUGGGUGUUACCCUGUGCUGCUUCCUCCUGGUACCUUUUUUUUUUUUUUUUUUUUUUUUUAUAACUGUCCAGUCAAUAUUCUUCCAAUAGGAACCUGAGUUCUCCAAAUCUUGUGUAAAACCCAGUCCAGUUCUGAGAACUCAGUAACCAUCUUAAAGCUAAGUAGUGGAUCAGGGAAAGGUGAGUAGGAGGGCUACUAGGUAGAGGUCAGCAGGAAGAGAAGGGUGGAGUUUUCCAGUCAGGGCCAUUUAGACACAGGAAUCCACUAAAGCGGGCCUUCUCCCCCCUCCCCCCUUCAUCUCUCAGCCUCAGGAGAGGUAUUAACAGUAUUAUCUCCAUUUAUAUCUUCCCAGCUGUCCCAAGCCAAAUCUGCCAUUGGAGGUGUCUUCCCUGUAUUGCUCAUCCUUUGGUGCGUGGGGAUUGGGGGUUGCAGCAGGCCUUGGUCUCUGAACACCAAUUCCUGCCUAACCCUCACACUUGGGAAAGUAUGCUUCCACCACGGGGUGUUUUAGACACUCCUCAGGGGGGAGGUUAACCUUUGAACCUUUGUCCCAAUUUUCCUCCUGCCCUUGGUUUGGUCAUUUCCUUUCUAUUUUGUGUUGAACUUGGCUUUUUUUUUUUUUUCCAUAUUGAAAAGACAACAUUGCCCCAAGAGCCAAAAAUAAAUGGGAAUUGGAAAAA